AUGGAUGAUCAGGAAGAUGAGGCUAGUGGCUCUGGAACACCAAUACCUGGUGGAAGGGGAGGAAGAUAUGGGCGGAAGGGAAAGAAGAGGUUGAGCGAUGUGGAUGCGGAAGAAGAGGAAGGGUUAUUGGGGACAGCUCCGGGCAGAGAAGACGGGGAGGACGCGAGCGGCAGUAUACGACCAAGGGAAGAGCAUCGGGACCGCCAUACAGGCUCCAGACCACCGGUAGCGAGAGAUAAGUCGCGUACAAUACCUCUCCGGAGUUCCCGCACCCGCUCGGCGUACGCUCCGAAUGUGGUCAGAAAUCAGAAAUACUCGGUGACCACCUUCCUACCCCUGGUAUUCUAUGAGCAGUUCAAGCUCUUCCUCAAUUUCUUCUUCCUCGUUGUCGCUUUAUCCCAGUUCAUCCCCGCUCUCAAAAUCGGUUACAUCUUCACCUACAUCGGCCCCCUCGCGUUCGUUCUUACCAUAACCAUGGGUAAAGAGGCAUACGACGACUAUCAGCGCUACCUCCGAGACGCAGAAGCUAAUUCGACGCGAUACCUCCUCGUCCUCACCUCGCCCGCUUCCUCUCCUUUCCCCGCCGAUUCUCCGGAUCCCGGUGCCUACCCCUCUUUGCCUCAUACCGGUAAACCUAUGACCCGGUCGACGCCCUCUUCGGCGUUGAGAGUAGGCGAUAUGGUCCUCCUCGAGAAGAAUCAGCGGGUUCCGGCGGAUAUGGUGCUAUUAUCUACGAGUGAGGAAGAGGGAACUUGCUUCAUCAGGACAGAUCAGCUGGAUGGGGAGACGGAUUGGAAGUUGCGCGUCGCGCCCGCCGAGACGCAGCGAGUGGGCGAGGCUGGUGCGGGGAGUCUGGAGGGGAGUCUAUAUGCCGACCCACCAUCGAAAGACAUCCACGCCUUCCACGGUGUCCUGACUCUCACUUCUGUCACCCCAGGUCCAGUCACCGAGACAUCCAUCCCCCUCACUGUCGAAAACAUACUAUGGGCAAAUACGGUACUUGCUGCCGGGAGCGCGGUAGGCAUCAUCAUCUAUACAGGCAAAGAGACGAGGGCGGUGAUGAAUACUGGAGAACCGGCUGGGCAGAAGAUGGGACGCAUAGAAUGGGAGGUGAACAAGAUGGCAAAGAUACUUUGUACUGUCACCUUCGCACUCUCGGUCUUCCUCGUCGCAUUGAACGGUUUCAGGGGAAGAUGGUAUAUCUACGUCUUCCGCUUCUUAAUCCUCUUCUCAUCCAUCAUCCCAAUCAGUCUCCGAGUCAACCUCGAUAUGGGCAAGACCGUCUAUGCGCACCAGAUCCAGAAUGAUUCAGAAAUACCAAAUACGAUAGUCCGGACGAGUACCCUCCCUGAAGAGCUCGGGCGGGUCGAGUAUCUCCUCAGUGACAAGACGGGUACACUGACGAGGAACGAGAUGGAGCUGAAAAAGCUUCAUAUGGGGACUAUGGUGUUCGGCUUCGAAGCGAUGGAUGAGGUGGCGAGCAUACUCACUUCCACUUUCUCAGAUGGAGGAGAACAGGGGAAGAGGCAAAACUCGAUGUUGGGUGCCGGGGCGGGGAGAGGCCGGAGGGAUAUCAGUGGGCGAGUGCGGGAUGCGGUAUUGGCCUUGGCCACUUGUCACAACGUAACGCCAGUGACCAAUGACGACGGUACAAGAACCUAUCAAGCCUCCUCCCCUGACGAAGUCGCCAUUGUCGAAUGGACCGAAUCUGUCGGAGUCCGCCUCACUUCGAGAGAUCGAAGCAGCAUGACUCUCUCCCUCCCUUCCGGCGCCAGUAUGACAUUCGACAUCCUCGCCAUCUUCCCCUUCACCUCCGAAUCGAAACGUAUGGGCGCUAUCAUCCGAUCCCGCCAAUCGUCAGAACUCACCUUUGUCCAGAAGGGUGCAGACACAGUCAUGGCUGGUCUUGUCAUGAAGAAUGACUGGCUAGAGGAGGAAUGUGGGAAUAUGGCGAGAGAGGGACUUCGGACGCUCGUUAUCGCUCGGAAGAAGCUCUCUGCCGAGUCUCAUGGGGCGUUCGACAAGGAGUACAAGUCGGCACAGUUGGGUGGCGGGACGGCGGAGGAGAGAGGGAGGAAGGUGCAGGAGGUGGUGUCGAGGUAUUUGGAGAGUGAGCUGGAGUUACUGGCGUUGACGGGGGUGGAGGAUAAGCUGCAGAUCGACGUCAAGCCCACGCUGGAGUUGAUGCGGAAUGCGGGGGUCAAGAUUUGGAUGUUGACGGGUGAUAAGAUUGAGACGGCUACGAAUAUCGCAGUCAGUAGUAAGCUGGUAGCGAGGGGCCAGUACAUUCACCAGGUGGCCAAAUUGAAAUCAAGCCAUCAAGUCCGAGACCUCCUCGACUUUCUCCGCGCCAAGCUGGACGCAUGUCUCGUCAUUGAUGGCGAAUCACUACAACUCUGCCUCGAUCAUUUCCGAACCGAUUUCAUCAUGCUUGCCACCCAACUCCCGGCCGUCGUAGCUUGUCGAUGUUCUCCCACGCAAAAGGCGAAUGUGGCGAGACUGAUCAGAGAGUAUACCAAGAAGACGGUGUGCUGUAUUGGGGACGGAGGGAAUGAUGUCAGUAUGAUCCAGGCUGCAGAUGUUGGAAUUGGGAUAGUAGGCAAAGAAGGCAAACAAGCCUCCCUUGCUGCGGACUUCUCCAUCACCCAAUUCUCCCACCUCGCCAAACUGCUCCUGUGGCACGGAAGGAACAGCUAUAAACGUUCAGCCAAACUCAGCCAGUUUGUGAUCCAUCGGGGAUUGAUCAUUGCGGUCAUUCAGGCGGUGUUUAGUAGUAUCUUCUUCUUUGCUCCUAUCGCGCUCUAUCAAGGCUGGCUUCAAGUCGGCUACGCUACGCUAUAUACCAUGGCGCCUGUCUUUUCGCUCGUUUUGGACCGAGACGUCAGCGAGGAUCUGGCUAUGCUGUACCCGGAGCUAUACAAGGACUUGACUAAGGGCCGGGCGCUGAGCUACAAGACAUUCUUCACUUGGCUUACUAUCUCGGUAUAUCAAGGCGGAAUCAUCAUGCUCCUCUCUUUACUCCUCUUCGAAUCCGAAUUCCUCCACAUUGUCGCUAUCUCCUACACCUCUUUAGUGAUCAAUGAGCUCAUCAUGGUCGCUCUGGAGAUCACGACGUGGCACACCUAUAUGAUUCUGAGUGAGGUCGCGACGGGUGUAGUCUACUUUGGAAGUAUGCUCUUCCUGCCAGCGUACUUUGACCUCUCUUUCGUCCUCACCGCCCGCUUCUUCUACAAAGUCGGGAUCAUCGUCGCCAUCUCCAGCUUCCCGCUGUACAUCUUCAAAGUCAUCGGCGGUCGUUUGCGCCCAGCGGCAUAUACAAAGGUAUCCGGGAUAUAG